ACUUGCGUGUCUUCUCCGGCAAAAUAAUUCUUUCCUACAACCACCUGUCCAUUCGUUACUAUCACGAUUUCGAACCCGUUCCCCCUGCACACGGCGGGCUUUUACACAUUAACUCGACUAUAACGCACAUCUCGGACUACUGCAUAAACGGACCCUUUCUAUUCGUCGCCGAACCUCGCUCUACGCUCCACGCUCCCUUCGACCUGACUUGCUUUCAACACGUCUAUACCAGCAGCGACCACUAUCAAACACUCGCUUUGACCAACGACAAUCCAUCACCUCUUCCCUGGCGGGAUUAUCGCGGUGGCCGUCAAGUAGGUUAACGGGCCUUUGCGCCCGCGCGUAACCAUAACCACGACCCGACCAUGAUUUCUCCGACCCUUCCGGAGGCCGAGGGGCCUGGGGCAAAACAAGAGACCCAGAAGCCCAAACGGACAGCCACCAUGGGCAGCAAUCUCAUGAAAAUGCCCAUCCUUCAGCGUGCUCGUAAGACGUUCAACGUUAACGAGAAGCUGCACCCGAGCGAUCCGGACCACCCCGACCACCACGGUGCCGGUAGAAAGCUCUUCGUCAACUUGCCUCUCCCACCAGAUCUCCUCGAUGAGAAUGGUAGUCCAAGUCAACAGUUCGCCCGGAACAAGAUCAGGACCGCCAAAUACACCCCAUUAUCCUUUAUACCAAAGAAUCUGUGGUUCCAGUUCCAUAACAUCGCCAAUAUUUUCUUCCUCUUCGUCGUCAUCCUGGUUUUUUUCCCCAUCUUUGGAGGCUACAAUCCAGGCCUGAGCUCGGUGCCCCUGAUCGCUAUUCUCACCAUCACCGCCAUCAAAGACGCCAUCGAGGACUACAGAAGAACCGUCCUCGACAACGAGCUGAACAACGCCCCGGUCCACCGGCUUGGUGGUUUGGAGAAUGUCAACGUUCAUGAGGACAAUGUGUCCCUGUGGAGGAAGAUCAAGAAGGCCAAUACAAGGUUUUUCGGUACCAUCUGGCACUGGAUGCAGACGCUGUGGUCCAAGAAGGCGAGGGAGGAGAGGGCCAAGCGUCGUGUCGCACUCGAGGCAAGCGCCCCUCGGCCUUCCAUCGAUACGCUCGCCACUCAGCGUCAAUCCUUCGCUUCCAUACGGGAAGGCAUCCAGCUGACCCCAGUCCCAUCCCCGAUGCCUCGCCAAAAGUUGGAAUUCCCGGACGCGGCUGAUCGGGAAAGAGCGGAUCGGCUAAAACACCAAAACGGCAACCUUAUCAAUCCCGAGCUACCCGCCAGGGGCGACGCCCGCUUCCACAAGGACGCUUGGAAAGACCUCCGAGUAGGCGACUUCGUCCGCAUAUACAACGACGACGAGAUUCCGGCAGAUAUUGUUGUCCUUUCCACAUCGGACGCCGAGGGCGUCUGCUACGUGGAGACGAAGAACCUUGAUGGCGAGACUAAUCUCAAGGUCCGCACCUCUCUCCGAUGCGGCCGAUCGAUGAAACACGCCCGGGAUUGCGAGCGAGCCCAGUUUUGGAUCGACAGCGAAGCUCCCCAGCCGAAUCUCUACAAAUACAAUGGAGCUAUUAAGUGGCAGCAGAAGUUUGGUGGGCCGGAUUCCGAACCUCAAGACAUGGUUGAGCCGUUGACUAUCGACAACAUGCUGCUUCGUGGGUGCAACCUCCGCAACACCGAGUGGGCUCUCGGCGUCGUCGUUUUCACUGGCCACGACACAAAGAUCAUGAUCAACUCUGGAGUCACACCUAGCAAACGGGCGCGUAUUGCCCGCCAGCUGAACUUCAACGUCAUUUGCAAUUUCGGUAUUCUGAUUGGCAUGUGUCUCGUCUCGGCCGUUGUCAACGGCACUUCGUGGGCGGGGACGGACAGGUCGCUGCAUUAUUUCAACUUCGGAUCUAUCGGCGGAAGUCCUGCCAUGACCGGAUUCAUCACCUUCUGGGCCGCCAUCAUCUUCUUCCAGAAUUUGGUUCCCAUCUCGCUCUACAUCACUCUGGAGAUUGUUCGGCUGCUGCAGGCCAUCUUCAUUUAUAGCGACGUCCAGAUGUACUACGAGCCGAUCGACCAACCGUGUAUUCCCAAGACGUGGAAUAUCUCGGACGAUCUGGGACAGAUCGAGUACAUCUUCUCGGACAAGACGGGCACUCUAACGCAGAACGUGAUGGAGUUCAAGAAGGCCACCAUCAACGGGCAGCCUUACGGUGAAGCUUAUACAGAAGCACAGGCCGGGAUGCAGAAGCGGAUGGGCAUCGACGUCGAGAAAGAGUCUGCGAGGGCGAAGGCGGAAAUUUCCGCAGGCAAGGUUCGCGCAAUUGAGGGCCUUCGGAGGAUGCAUGAAAACCCUUACCUACACGACGACGAUGUGACAUUCGUCGCGCCGGAUUUCGUGGCGGAUUUGGCAGGGGAAUCCGGGCAAGAACAGCAAGCCGCCAACGAGAACUUCAUGCUGGCCCUGGCGCUCUGCCACAGUGUCAUCGCAGAGCGACACGCUGGCGACCCUCCCAGGAUGGGCUUCAGGGCCCAGUCGCCAGACGAGGCCGCUCUCGUCUCGACGGCCCGUGACAUGGGCUUCACCGUCCUCCACGGCAACAGCGACGGGAUCACGCUGAAUGUGAUGGGCCAGGAACGCCACUACCCAAUCUUGACAAUGAUCGAAUUUACCUCGACCAGGAAGCGGAUGAGCGUGGUCCUCCGCAUGCCGGACAACCGCCUCCUGCUCAUCUGCAAGGGCGCCGACAGCAUCAUCUAUUCUCGUCUGAAGCGAGGCGAGCAGGCGGAACUGAGGGGAGCUACGGCGGAGCAUCUGGAGAUGUUCGCGCGGGAAGGGCUGAGAACACUUUGCAUCGCCCAGCGAGAACUUUCAGAGGAAUUCUACGUGGCGUGGCGUCAGGAAUACGACGCCGCAGCGGCGGCCUUGGAAGACCGGGAGGAAAAGAUGGAAUCCGUGGCUUCCCGCAUUGAGCAGGAGUUGACGCUUCUCGGCGGCACGGCCAUCGAAGAUAGGCUGCAAGAUGGUGUCCCCGACACGAUCGCGCUCCUCGGUGAAGCCGGCAUCAAGCUCUGGGUUUUGACGGGCGACAAGGUGGAGACGGCGAUCAACAUUGGCUUCUCGUGCAACUUGCUCAGCAACGAUAUGGAACUCAUCCAUCUCAAGGUCGAAGAAGACGAAUCAGGCGAGACCACUGACGAGGCGAUUCUGGGCCAACUCCGCGAAGAACUGGACGCCAAUUUGAAGACGUUUAACCUGACCGGGGACGAUGACGACUUGGCCAAGGCGAAGCACAACCACGAGCCUCCGCCGCCGACCCACGGCCUUGUGAUCGACGGCUAUACGCUCAAAUGGGCUCUGCACGACUCGCUGAAGCAGAAGUUCCUGCUGCUGUGCAAGCAGUGCAAGUCGGUCCUCUGCUGCCGUGUCAGCCCUGCGCAGAAGGCGGCCGUGGUGUCCAUGGUCAAGAACGGACUCGAUGUCAUGACGCUGUCCAUUGGCGAUGGUGCGAACGACGUUGCCAUGAUCCAGGAGGCCGACGUUGGCGUGGGCAUCGCGGGCUUGGAGGGUCGCCAGGCGGUCAUGUCUUCGGACUACGCCAUCGGGCAGUUUCGGUUUCUCCAGAGGUUGGUGUUGGUGCACGGUCGAUGGUCAUACCGCAGAAUGGCCGAGUCCAUCGCCAACUUCUUUUACAAGAGUAUCAUCUGGGUUUUCAGUAUUUUCUGGUACCAGAUUUACUGCGACUUCGACAUCACUUACAUUUUCGAUUACACGUACAUUCUCUUCUUCACGCUUUUCUACACGUCGGUGCCCGUGGCUAUCAUGGGCGUUCUGGACCAGGAUGUGUCCGAUAAAGUGUCCCUCGCCGUUCCGCAGCUGUAUCGCCGGGGCAUUGAGCGGCUCGAGUGGACUCAGUUGAAGUUCUGGCUAUACAUGCUUGACGGAGUUUACCAAUCCGUCAUCGUCUUCUAUGUUCCGUAUCUUACGGUCGUUCGCACCAGCUUCGUCACGUUCAAUGGGCUGAACAUUGAGGACCGAACAAGGCUGGGGGCUUAUAUCGCUCAUCCGGCUGUUGUCACCAUCAACUUGUACAUUCUGAUCAACACGUACCGAUGGGACUGGGUCAUUCUCCUCUCGGUGAUCAUCAGCGACCUGACGAUCUUUCUCUCUACGGGCGCUUACACGGCGGAUCCGUAUGCGGGAGCGUUCUAUAACGCAGCGCCGCAGGUGUACAGCCAAGCGUCAUUCUGGGCGGUUUUCUUCAUCGUGCCCGUGGUCAGCUUAUUCCCCCGGUUCGCGAUCAAGGCGUUGCAAAAGGUGUACUUCCCUUACGACGUUGAUAUUAUCCGCGAGCAAGAGAGGCAAGGCAAGUUCGCGCAUCUCACGCAGGAGCCUCUUGACGGGCAGAAGACGGUGGCGGCGCGACGGGAUAGCAACUCGGCGUCCAACUCAUCCGACAACAGCGCGCGGAAACCCAAGCACAUGCACUACGGCAGCAUAGACGAGGACGCCAGGCCGAUUUACCCGCCCUCUGUGGCGACGCGGACGACGCACAACGCGCGUAGCCAAAACGGCAGUGACGGGACAAACUAUACGGGACAUCGCAUGUCGAUGGAAAUCUCAGGGGCCGCGGCACGGCCGUCGUUUGACCGAGCGAGGCCGUCUUUUGAUCGGCUGCGGGCGUCGAUGGACCGGGUGCGACCGAGUUUCGAGGCGAGCAGCGAUUUCACGUCGGCAGCCCGGUUGUCCCGGAUCGAGUCCAGUCAAUGCCAGCAUGGACAGUCAGCUGGCGUUGGCCACAAGUUCCACAGACGAUUCCGGGGCUUCUCACUCACCAAGCCGGCCCAUCAAAAUGAUUAGAUGGGAGUAGUGCAGGACAGGACUUGAUACCCUACGGUUGUUUCAGUUGUUUUCCCUUGCUCCCAAUUACCUAUUACCUUGUGUUCUCCGGUAUAUAUAUAUAUAUAUACAUACAUACAUCCAUGCAUUCAUUCAUAUCGAACGCUCCCUACCUCUUCGCCCCUGUUUCGGCACCACCCCGAUUGGAGCGACCUCCUCGACAGC